AUGGCAUCAAGUUUAAAUAUAUCGUCGUUUAAAAAUUUAUCAUUAUGUGUUUACAUUGGUAAUACAAGUUCACUUGAUGAUAAAACAUUAUUAACUUAUUGUUCACGUUUUGGCACAAUUGUUUCAUCAUUAUUGGAAAAAGAAAAAUUUUGUGAUUUCCAUCUUAUUGAAUAUGCUAAUUAUGGACAAUUAGACAGAUUUCGUAAUGAAAAAAUUCAUGAUAUUGAUAACACAUUACUUGAUGUAAAAUUAUAUAAAACUAUAUUAACUAAUAAUCCUAUAUUAAGUAUUGAUCGUAAAUUUUUUAUUGGGCCAAUAUUAAAUUCAAAUGAUAUACACACAAUUGUAGAAUUUUAUAAAAAAAUUGAUUCAGCAUUACACUAUUGUGUAUCAAAACAAGAAAAACAAGCAUACUUAUUAUUUGAAUUAAAUAAUCGACAAUCUGUUACAACAAUAUUUGAAAAACAGACAAUACCAAUAACAGUUGAACAUAGAAAUUUUUCUAUUUAUAAACCAGUACAUCCAAAACAAUUUGUAAAUAAAAUAGUAUCCAUGAAAAAUAAACAAAAUCAAAUACAUAUUUAUGGAUUAACAGAUAAUAUCACUGAAACAAUAUUAUUUGAUUAUUUUCAUAAACGUGCACCGGUUAUUGCUUGUCUUAUUCUUUUAAAUGAUCCAAAAUGUGCUGUUAUUGAAUUUAAUGAUAAAAGAACUGUCAGAAAAAUUCUUGAUACACCCAAUAUACGUUUACAAGGAACGAAUCUUUUAAUAAGAAAAGCAUCUCGUCAUCUUGCUUCAUUAUUAUCUUCUUCUAAUGAUAAGGAUGAAAGUGACGAUGAUGAUGAGUAUGAUUAUGAUACUGAAGUAAAAUCAAUAAUUGUAUCAAAAACAUCAGUACCCGAACCUAUAGCUAAUCCGUCCUUAGUGCCAAAACAAUCGCCUCUAUUCAUGUUACUAUCAACUCUUCAAGAAAAUAUUCAACAACAAUCAACAUCAUUUGCACACCCUCUACCAGUGUCUACUGUUAAUGAAUCAAUAUUUAUUCCUGCUCCAGAGUAA